GCAGGAUUGGCCUUUGGGGUCGCAGCAUGGGAGCGGUGACUGCCCUGCUGCAUGGUGACAGAGACCCUAGUAUAGCUGGGAUGGUGAUAGACUCGGCGUUCGCGGACAUCCGAACACUGGCGAGUGAUUUAGCUGAAGAACUCGGGUUGAGACUGCCGGGCAUAAUGCUCAGUGUUGUGUUGGGAAUGUUGAGGUUGUCUGUUAGAAGCAAGGCCCAUUUCGACAUAUUCGACUUGCAGCCUAUUGCGCAUGUCGAUCGAACGUAUAUUCCGGCUUUGUUUACGGCGGCUCGAAACGAUACUUUCGUCAACCCACGUAAUACUGAUACCCUCUUUGAAAAAUAUGCUGGUGAUAAAAAUCUGGUUAAAGUGGACGGCAACCACAACUCGACUAGGCCGAAAUUCUUGAUGCAUUCGAUUGCGAUAUUUUUCAUCAAUACUCUGGGAUGUGAGGCGACAGUUGAUGCGAUAUUGGAUUUGGAAAGCCUCUCACCGUGUAGUGAGGAGAGGGCGAACGCCGCUGAUGAGGAGUCGACACGCAACGAGGUUCGGGAUUUGAUACCGAUCCCGGCGCCUCCUCGUCGAGAUCACAUUAAGUUUGGAAAUGACCGAUUGAUCGACGCUGGUAGGAGGUGGGUCGUCGGGUUGGAUAUGAAAGUUUAA